GUGAGUUGUGAGUGCGCUAUGCACGGCAGAGUGUGCCGGGAUAGAGCACAGACCCCUGAACAACGGCCAGGUCUCUCGGUCACGGCCUCGGCCUCUCUCAGAGACCGUCGGGGGCACCAGGCCGGGACCGAAAAUCAGGAGAGACGGUUGCGAUGCGGGUAGCACUCGUCAUAUAAGAGCGAUGGAGGAUGAUAAGUCUCUCGCAUGAAUCUCCAAGCCAGACCAACCAUGCCUCAUUUUUUGCUCAGCUCUUCUACCGAGUACACGCCUGUCCCCGAUGGCACCGCUCAGACCAUGUUCGAUAUCUUUCGACCCGCUGGCGAGAUCAAGACGGAGCUUGCCCGCUACAGGCUUCUCUCCCCCUCUGCUGCCAUCAGAGUCUCGCCCCUCUGCCUCGGGGCCAUGAGCCUUGGUGACCAAUGGACUGGCUUUAUGGGUGCCAGGACGGACUUUGACCAGGCGACCAAGCUUCUCGAUACUUUCUACGAGGCUGGCGGUAACUUUAUCGACACUGCUAACAAUUACCAGAACGAGCAGUCCGAGAUGAUUAUUGGCGAGUGGAUGGAGAAGAGGGGCAUCAGGGAUGAGAUCGUCCUUGCCACAAAGUACUCUACUCUCGGCCUCGACAGGAACGAGGGCAAGUUUGAAGGUAUCGCUGCCAAUUACUGCGGCAACCACAAGAAGAAUCUUCGUUUGACUGUCGAGUCUUCUCUCAAGAAGCUUCGAACCGACUAUAUUGACUUGCUUUACGUCCACUGGUGGGACUACAGUACCUCUAUCCCCGAGUUGAUGCAAUCUCUCAACGACGUCGUCAAGAGCGGCAAGGUCCUCUACCUCGGAAUUUCUGACACUCCAGCUUGGAUCGUCUCUCAGGCCAACGAGUACGCCCGCCAGCAUGGAUUCGUUCAAUUUGUUGUCUACCAGGGUCUUUGGAACGUCGGUACCCGAGAUCUGGAGCGAGACAUCAUUCCCAUGUGCCGUGCCAACGGUAUGGGUCUGGCGCCUUGGGGCACUCUUGGACAGGGCAAGUUCAAGUCUCCAGAAGAACUCCAGAAGCAGUCCAGCUGGCGAGGUGGCGCACCUCCCUCUGACAAAGACAUCAAGGUGUCCAAAGCUCUACAAGAGGUCGCAGACGAGGUCGGAGGUGGCAUUAGACCAGCGAAUGUCGCGUUGGCUUGGGCUAGGCAGAGCUUUGCUGACUGUUUCCCCGUCAUUGGGGGCACCAACCCAGAGCAUCUCAAGUCCAACAUUGAGGCUCUCAAGAUCCAUCUGACCACCGAGCAGAUUGGCAAACUCGCUCAGGCUUCUGAUUUCGACCCCGGCUUCCCUUACAUUUACUUUGGUACUGAUCCCCACUACUUGCCUGAAGGCAAGCCCAACAGUUUCCUCCUCAACCAUGCUGCCCAUUUGGAGUUCACUCGGCUUCCCUAGGCGAAUUGUGUCGACCAGUGCAGAGAGAUCGAUGAGUGUACUUUAUAUACUUGCGCAGAUAGAAUGGACACAAAGUGUGAACUGUUUCAGGAUUCUUCGCGUAGCCGUCAACGUCAAGACUAUCCGUCAUGGUGCAGGAAGCGUUGCGAGAUGGGACCACACCAGCGUCAGACAGCCUGAAGUAUGGGUUUAUAAAAGCCAUUGGAAGGUGUCAAUG